CUCUUUCCUUCUCUUCUUAUCAUCUCCUCUAAAAAUUGGUCAAAACCCAUCCUCCUCUUCUAUUUCAUAUUCUUUCUUAUUCUUUCUUAUCAUCUUUUCUUUUCCAAACAUAAACUAGAGUUUAUCUUUUCAGCACAUAGUCUUUGACACCCUUUUCAAAAUUCUAAAACAAGAAUUUUCUUCUUCAUAUAUAUAAGUUAUAACCAUCUCAUAUCCAUAACAUCCUCAUAAACCAUCCAUAGCUACCUUAAAAACCCUCUAAGUAAUUCUCGCUCCUAAAUCAUAACCCCCACAAAACAGUUGUAUUUCCUUUGUUCAUAUAUAGUUAUGAAUGAUUGAAAAACUACACAGAUGUCUCAAUUAAUCUCUGAGAUCUCUAUGAUAAACUCUUCCCUCAGACGCAGAACACAUUUAGUCCAAUCUUUCUCUGUUGUUUUCCUAUACUGGUUCUAUAUUUUCUCAUGAAUUAACCCUUAACCGCUUUUAUUACCUUCCAAUCUAAAAUUUAGUUUCAUUAAUUCUAUAAAUUUAGUCAAAUUUACUACCUAUAGUUAGAAAAAUAGUACUAUUACCACGAUCUGAGUCGCGGUGACAUCAAAGAUCCAAUUCGCAACUGCGAUUUUAAACCCUAAUUUUCACAUGGCUUCUCCCGGUGGAGCUUACUCAUCUGGUACAAGCUCUCUUCAGAACUCUGGAUCUGGAUCAGAGGGAGAUAUGAAUAUGAAUAUGAAUCAGAAUCACAUGCAGGUGAAUAUAACAGAUCAAAAGAAGAGGAAGAGAAUGCAAUCCAACCGAGAAUCAGCACGAAGAUCAAGGAUGAAGAAGCAGCAACACAUGGAAGGUCUUAGCGCACAAAUCGAAGAGCUGAAAAAAGAGAAUAAUCAAAUAACCACAAACGUAGGGAUAACUACUCAGAUGUAUCUGAAUGUUGAAUCUGAGAACGCGAUUCUUAGGGUUCAGAUGGCUGAACUUAGCAACAGAUUGCAAUCACUCAAUGAAAUUAUCCAAUACAUUGAAUCGAGUAAUUCACUGUUUCAGGAAACGGAUCAGUUGUUCAAUGAUUGUGGAUUCUUGGAUGCGUGGAACUCUUUUCCUGUUAAUCAACCAGUUAUGACCUCUAAUGAUAUGUUGAUGUAUUGAUUUGAUGAAGUUUGGUUGCAAUUUGUGAUUGGCUUUUGGUUUGUUCUUGUUGGUGCUAGUUGAUUGUAACAACCUCUGUUUGUUUUGUGUUUAGUAUUUGUUUUUGUUUUUUUUUUGUAAUGUCAAGUUGUCAAUUGUUUUUAUUUUAUAUAUAUUAGAUUUAUUAUAUUAUAAGUUUUAUAUAUGAUGUAUUAAGGUUGGGUAAAAAAAUGUAUUAGGUUUUGUGUCUAUGUAAGUUUCUAGAAGGGGAGGAGUUUUUGAUGAUUUAUGCACUUGGAAAGGUCUCUCACCCUUAUAUUUUUACCAAUGUUGCAACUUUACUAAGAAUUUAAUUAUAAGUUUCCUAAA